GCUGCGGGUCGUCGACGGACUCGCGCGAUUGUUUUGGCAGGAUGGCCGCUCCUGUCAGUGACGGCAGUCAGAGACCGCUGCAGAAUGCCAUGAGACUUGUAAAAGUGGCCAUUCAGCUGGAUACCGGCAACAGACACGAGGAGGCAUACUGUGAAUAUUUGAGAAGUAUCAACUACAUCUCUCAUGCUCUGCUUGAAGAUGCCACAUCUAAACAGGAGGUAGAGAUGGAGUCGGUGGAACUGGAGAAGAUGGUGAAACUUGUUGAGCAAUGUUUAGAGAGGGUUAAAUCAUGCAUCAUAAGAAAGAAAGAAUCCUCAACACCUAUCUCCUCCACUCCUCUACCCACCUGUCCGGCUAUUAAUGCGACAAAUCAUCCCAAAACAACAGAUAAACUUAAUGCAGCUGCAUUGGUUUCUGAGAGCCAAAGUAAAGAGCAGCCCUCCAGACAUCGCAGAGUCCUCUCUGAGGGAGGGGAGACGGACUCCCCCUUCCUGCCACCUGAAGUCUUCCAGAAGCUUCAGUCAAUGGAAUCACAAGACAACCGAAAGGAAUUAACGCCUAUUGAAGAAGCCUCGCGUCUCAACCAGAAACUUAAGGCUAAUUAUGAGGCUCGGCUGGCAAGACUUACGCCUGGUCAGGCCACACAAAAAACCUCAUUGACUCUUUCACUUCAGAGGCAGAUGAUGGAGAAUCUUAUAAUCGCCAAAGCCAGACAAGAUGCACUUCAAAGAAAAAUGGAGGAAAGGAGACUCAGGUUGCAGGAAGAAGCAAACAGGAGGUUUGCGACCUGUGGGACCAUGACACCUGAGGAACAAGAGCAGCGAGUUCUGUAUGCAAGUGUGCUUGAAUAUGAGCAAGAUCAUGAAUGGCCAAAAAUCUGGAAAGCUAAUCUGAAAAAGAAUCCAAAUGAUCCUGUGCUGGUUUCAGGUCUUCUUUCGUGUCUUCUCAGCUAUCCAGACCAUCCGGUCAUGAAGUUGCUGAAGAGGCUUCAGUAUCGGGUGUAUAACAGACUGUAUCCUAUAGUGAGCCAGUGCAUUCCUCUGAGCACAGCGUUCGGUCACUCGCUGCCCUUAAAACCCUCCCGCAGCGCCCAAAGCCUGUUCCUGUCCGACAGUUUUGUGUCUCCGCAGCAGCAGCAGAGCCCGCUCAAAUCCGCAAUGACACACAGCUUAUCUGAUGCCUCCAUCUCCCUGUCUCCAUCCCACGACCUCAACGCCAACGACACAAAGUCUGAGACAGACCCGGAUGAGCCCUCAACUCUGGUCUCCACAGAUAGGGAGAACUCUUUUGAGGAUCUAGAGAAGUUUCUUACUCAGCUGGACUGGGUUCCUUCUCACAGUGGUGAUGAUACGGACUCUGAUGUGACUUUUGACACAACACACAUGGACCUAGAGUCUCAUAUUACUAAUCUUGAGGAGCGUGCUUUGAAGGAACAUUUGAAGGCCAUCGUCAAAGACAUCCACAAUGCUAUCGAUCGCCUGCUGUCUCUGUGUCUUCUCUCUUUUGAAUGUCUCAACACUGCAAAUUCUAAGGACCAAUGCGUGGCAAGUAUAGAGGAAGUCUUCUUCACCCCUAUUUGGCGCCCUCUUUUGGCACUUUUUAGGAAGGUGCAUCAAGAACGGGAGCUGGCUAUUGAGAGCAGCAUGCGUCUUCAUUGUAAUGUUUCACCUGGUGAUGUUGGUGUUCCAUCUAAAUUGUUCCCAAAAGACACCGCUCUGCUGCAUGGUUCCUAUCCAUAUGAGUCAGCCGUGCAGGAGCUGAAGCUUCUGUGUAGAGACUAUUGUCCUCAGAAGAAAUUGGAGUGUAUUGUGAGAACUCUACGAAUCAUCUGUGGAUGUGCUGAAGAGUACCGCCUCCUGCAAGAAAACGAUCCUCCACCCAAAUCAGCAGCAAUAGGUGCCGAUGACCUGUUGCCCAUCCUGGCGUUUGUGGCUUUACGCAGUGAAACGCCUCAGCUGGUGUCUGAAUGUGCCGCAUUGGAAGAGUUCAUUCACGAGGGGUAUCUGAUCGGAGAGGAAGGGUACUGCCUGACGUCAAUGCAGAGUGCGCUGACCUACGUUGAGUCAUUGCUCUUGGGUGGGGCUCCACCCCCCGCUGCCAAACCCACCUGACGUAGGUGCCUCAGCCGACGGAAAGAUCUCAUCGUGUUUGACAGUCCUCAGGAGUUGGUGAAUCUCCUCUGCUCAGACUGUUCAAGUCCCAAAUCAGGCCAGACUUCAGUUCUGUUCAAAUCUUCUUCACCUACUGCUUUUGAAGGGACUGGAGAAGGUUAUUCAGUGUUUUUGGGAGCUACAGGACGGGUUCUGAAUAUGGGAUCUGAAUGUGGUUAGAAGACCAGUAUUGUAGCCAAAGCAAAAAAAAUGUUGAGACUGAAUGGGAUGAGCCAGAUGUUAGGAAAGGGUUUGUGGAAAGGUUAGUUAAAAUGUAAUUUUAUAUAUAUAUAUGCGCAAAUGUGAUUGCGCCUAUUCUAAUCCCAUUGAUAUAUUUUUUUUUUUUUUUUUUUUUUUUUUUUUGGUCAAAAUAUAUUU